AAAAAAUUAAGCCAAUUGACUAGUUCAUGCGAAGACUACUUAGAUUACUCUCAAGAGAUUCAUCCUCCUUUAUCAAAUGGCAAUUUAAAAUUACCAUUUCAAAGACCCUUGAAGGAAUGUAGAACUUUUGCUUCCACUGCUGUUGAAAAAGUGAUUCUGGAUCUUUUACCAAAAUUCAAAAAUCAAGAUUUAGCUAGACUCUUUGAAAACGCUUUUCCUAACACCUUGGAUACAACUAUACUAUAUCAUAAAAAUGUCCAACCUUUUGAAACUUUUGUUGUAACCGGUGAUAUUCAUGCUCAAUGGUUAAGAGAUUCAACACGACAGUUAUCUGUCUAUCAACCUCUACUUAAAUAUGAUUCUCUUUUGAAGAAAUUGGUUAAAGGUGCAAUCAACACUCAAGCAAAUUAUAUUUUGGCCUCUCCUUAUUGCAAUGCAUUUCAUCCUCCAAUUAAUUCUGGUGUUAAAAGACAACCUUCAACUAUUGAUACUGUCUUUCCAGUUCCCAACUGGAAACAUGUCUUUGAAUGUAAAUAUGAACUAGAUUCAUUGACUUCCUUUUUAACUCUAACAACUGAAUAUUUCCAAAGCACAAAUGAUUACUCCUUUGUUAAUGAUAAUUGGAUUGAUGCCUUUGAAAAUAUUUUAACCGUACUAAAAAGAGAGUCCUCUCCAACUUUUGAUUCAAAUGGUAAUCUAUUACCAUUUUAUUACACCUUUCAAAGGCAAACUAAAUCCAGUUCUGAAACUUUACCUUUACAUGGCACCGGCAAUCCUGUUAAUUUCAACACAAAUCUCAUUAGAUCUGCUUUCAGACCAAGUGAUGAUUCAACUAUUUUUCAAUUUUUGAUUCCAUCAAAUGCCCAUUUAUCUGUUGAGCUAUUAAAAAUAUCUAAAAUAUUAACCAAAUUUGAAAUCUUGAAAAAACAUGCUGAUAUUUGUGAAAAAAUCGCUUUGAAUAUUAAAAACUCAAUUUAUAAUUUUGCUGUUUUUAAUCAUUCCUCAGUUGAUAAUGACGAUAACAAUCAGGUGUUUGCUUAUGAAAUUGAUGGAUAUGGUUCAGCUUUAUUUAUAGACGAUGCAAAUCUCCCUUCUUUAUUAUCAUUACCCGAUAUGGGAUUUUUGGAUAAAAAUGAUCAAAUUUAUUUAAAUACGAGAGAUCUAAUUUUAAGGAACUCAGGCAAUCCGUAUUAUCUAAAGGGUAAAUAUUUUGAGGGAAUUGGUGGUCCCCAUAUUGGAUUGAACAAUGCAUGGCCAAUGUCUCUUUGUGUUAGAAUUAGAACAACUGAUAAUGACGAGGAAAUUUUGAGAAAUCUUGAUUUGUUAUUAUCCACAACUGGUGGUCUAGGUUUAAUACACGAAAGCAUUGAUGUUAAUAGUAAAAAUGGGCUAAUCUAUACAAGAUCUUGGUUUGCAUGGGCAAAUUCUGAGUUUGCUAAAACGAUUUUGGAUUUAGCUGAAAGAAAACCUCAUUUAAUUUUCAAGGAUGAAUAUUCAAGCACUCUGUAUAGUAUUCAUGAUAGU